AUGCUCCGUUUCUCCUUGCAGUGCUUUCUUCUCCUUUUCUUCUUUCCUGCAUCUGGUGCUGAGGAAUUUGUUUUCAAUGGAUUCACAACUGCUAAUAUAAGCUUUGAAGGUGAAGCUUCUGUUGAUGAGCGUGGUCGCCUGGGGCUAACAACUGGUCUCGACACAGGUGUGGUCGGCCAUGCUUUCUACAAAUAUCCUGUAAGCCUUAGGAACCUCAGAGAUCAUGGUGUGUCCUCUUUCACAACAUCGUUCGUGUUUGAGAUUACAUCUUUAUAUGGUGAUAGCUUCGAGCGAGGAAUGGGCACUAAUGGAUUUGCCUUUGUGGUUUCUUCUACCAAUAAGUUCCUGAAUGAUUCCUUGCCAGGUCAGUACCUAGGCCUUCCCAACGUGUCAAAUAGGGAUAACACUUCGAUUAAUAUAUUGGCUAUUGAGGUUGAUGCUGUUACGAGACUUGUUGGAAUUUAUGUCAACAGCUUGACUUCAAUCAACUCCCACACUGCUGGAUAUUACAACACCACCUCAGAAGAUGGCUUCAAAUUGUGGAGACGACUAGACAAUGGUGCUUUACAGUUAUGGGUAGAGUAUGAUGGCAACGUUCAGCAACUAAAUGUCACCUUAGGGGCUCCUGGGUCCUCUAAACCUAAGUAUCCAUUACUGUCAAGCCAUGCGAACCUGUCUUAUUUGUUAUCAAGUGAAGUAUUUAUUGGGUUUUCCGCAUCGACAAGCACUGUGGCAGACAGAAACUUCAUUCUUGGCUGGAGCUUCAAGAAAGAUGGGGAAGCUCCACAACUUAACUACUCUGCAUUUAUAGAAGGAUUCUACUUUGAGUACGUGAAAGAAUUUUGUCUAGUAUGUUAUUUCAAGGCAAGCAAGGUGCCUGUGCCACCAACUGAGACUGCCCUCUUGAAGUUGCAUUGCACCUUGUCUUUACUGUAG